GUCUCUGUUUGGUUCCAGGCUCAUGCAUAUCAACAAGUCACUGCCUGCUUGAAAAAGAAGUGAGUGAAGUAGGUUUUUGUUGUUUUUGGUCAUUCUCUGUUCGACAAGGCGCUAAGGGCAAGGCCGGGGGAGCUCAAAGGAGUCGAAGGCAAGGAUUGUCUAUUUUUUUAUGCUGCUACGACUUUGUCUGAACCACUGAGCAACGUUCGAUUCCGAAGCUAUAUCUUGUGCCAUGGAGGCAGGAGAGAAUGACGACUCAGUUGAAUGCCUUUCGAACGGUUACCUUCAAAAGCAUGUAAUACAGCUACAAUGUAAAGUCUGCGAGAACUUCAUAUGCUAUAGAGGGAUGAGAGCAAUCCUUUUGGCUGAUAUGUCUGUGGAGUUAUUUUCUACAGACCUGCCUCCCUAUCAAGCGGUAGAACUUGUGGGAAGGGACUAUUCCACUGCGAACUGUGAAUGUCGGAUUCGGGAUGUUGCUUGUGGAGCCUGUGGGGAAAGAGUGGGCUACCAUGUGACUCUACCAUGUCAGUGCUGCCUUUCGUCCAACAACAACGGGCAUUUCUGGAUGUUCCACUCUGAUGCUUCCCUCCCAAGUCCUAGAACAGACCAGAGAGGUGAAAUCCGCUACAACUGGACCAACUUGCCAUCCGUUAGCGACGAUCCAACAGUCAAUCCCCCGUCUCAAGCACAGCCACAAAUCCCCGAGUGUUUUAGAUAAUCUAAUCCCCGUGUUUAUAGGCGCUCUGUUUUAGU